AAAAGUUACCGUCGCGAAAGCUGGGCGCUGUCGAAGUCGUCAGUGACAGGAUCGCGGUUCCAAGGCCCAGCUCGACCACGAGGGAAUGCGCCAGCCCCUCUCCAACCAUCGCUCCUGAGAAAAUGGCGCUCAACACCUCUCGCACGGUCUGGUCUACCUCCAGACAGGCCCUCCGCCCCAUCAGACCCGCAGCGACCCGGCCAGCGUGCCGUGCAAACCACCAAAUAGCACGGCACCCGACCUCCCUGCGCGAGAAGAACGACCCCCUGAACGAGCCCAUAUCCGAGGAGGACAUAGAGGAGGCACGGCCUAGGUGGUCGUACACUCCAGAGAGGCUGAAGGGCAUCCACGGCUUCUCGCUCGCCACCCCCAAGAACCCGCUCCGGUCGGUAUGGAGCGUCAACGAGGACCCCGCCAAGCUGGACGACUUCUACGAGCGAUUCCUCGGGCGGAACGGCUCAAAACUGCUGCCCGACGAGAUCAAGUGGUUGGCAGUCACACACAAGAGUUUCGAUUUCGGUCGGAGAGGUUUCAACACAAGAUUAGCCUUCUAUGGUCGACAAAUAAUUGUGCUCGAGGCCAUGCAUGAGAUCAUGACCUCGCCCCGGGGGCCAGAUGACUACCUGAACGACCCAUGGAAGCGAAAACACUACGAAUCUCCUGCCCUUCAGAACGUCGACAAAUUGAGCGUGACCCGGCCUCAAGAUAUUGUCACGUUAUCCGGCCUCGCCCAUGUUGGGUUGAGCAGUAAGCUUAACGACGUGAUGCGUUGGAAGCCAAGGAACCCCGACAACCUGAAAGGAUCAGGUCUUGAAAGUGUCCUCGCCACCUCCAUCUUUGCCAUAAUUGGCGCAGUCUCCUUGCAGCACGGAGCCGAGGCUGCGGCCAAACUUGCUCGGGAGAGAGUUAUCAGGCGGAUAAAGCAUUGAAUGAGCGCAUAACGAUGUACCAUAUACACUGUACAACCCAAUAACUGCUUAUGUGCGGACCCAUCAUACUGGGGACCAAUAUUACAAUUAUUGGAAAGACUCGCGCAGCAUUGUAGGACUUCAACGCAAGUCCUGCGCUGCUUUAGCCAAGGAAAUCAUGGCAUCUUAAGAUCCCCAGCUGAGACUGCUGGCCGAGACCCAGUAUCUAGGCAUUGAGAUAUAAUACCACUGGCUGUUCCGUGCAGUCCUGGAACUUGCAACUGGUAACGCUGGCAUGCCUUCUUCGCAAGUCGAAGAACCUUAGGAGUCCCGGUUUUUGUUUCCUUGGCUAUUCUCUAAAAUCAGGGUCCUGUCAGAGUAGUAGUCCACUUACCACAUGGAUGGGAUGAACAUGCAUGCGCAUUCGACUUGAGCGGUCCGCUUAUUUGCACCCUUUCAAUGCGAGGGAAGCGUCAACAUGAAGUCGUCGCCCAUACAACCUCAUUCCUCUGGCUCAUCAAACAACUAACAUACCUACUUAAGUAUCAU